GUGUAUUGUCACCCGAUGGUCGCAGCAAAGCUUUCGACGCCGACGCAGACGGCUAUGCUCGUAGUGAAGCUAUUGUCGUUGUAUAUCUUCAAAAAGCAAAACACGCAAAAAGGAUCUAUGCUACAGUCGUUCACGGCAAAACAAAUUGUGAUGGUUAUAAACCUCAAGGUAUCACAUUCCCUUUGAGCACGAUGCAAGCCAAAUUGUUGCAAGAAUGCUACGAAGAAUGCGGUAUAGCACCGAACAAUUUGUCUUUCAUGGAAUGUCAUGGUAGUGGUACAAGAGCCGGCGAUUCUGAGGAGAUUAACGCAAUCGACAGAGUUAUUUGUAGUUGCAGAACUACACCUCUACUGAUUGGUUCUGUUAAGUCAAAUAUGGGUCAUUCGGAGCCUGCUAGCGGUCUUUGUCAAGUCGCCAAAAUGAUAAUAGCAAUGGAAAUAGGAAAGAUUCCACCUAAUUUACAUUACAAUCGACCACGAGAAGGCAUAAAAGCUCUUGAAGAAGGUAGAGUCAAAGUUAUUACCGAUGUGACACCUUGGGAAGGUGGUUAUGCAGGUAUAAAUUCUUUCGGUUUUGGAGGCGCCAAUUGCCAUAUUAUAUUAAAAUCGAAUCCAAAGACAAAGAUCAAUAAUGGACUUCCGUUUGAUGAUUUACCGAGACUUGUGACAGUAUCAGGACGUACUGAAGAAGCUGUGAAAAUAUUCUUAAAUGAU